AAGUUGAGAACUGCCAUUCACACUGGGGAAGAAAACUUUGAAAACUAAUUAUUUGAUUCAGUCUUUGGUGGGUGUUGAAACAUUCAUGGAGGUGCCCCCUUCCCAAGUUGAACCUGCUCUGAUUUGAUCAGCUAGGUUAGAGAUUUUUUUGAAAUUCCCAUCUAUUUGUGACGCAUUGACCAAUCAAAACACAAUUUACGUUUCCUCAUGUAACAAAUAUAAUAUACCCAUUUGUCCCAAAUUAAUAAAAACCAAAACCUCAUCUCCUAGUCCUAUAGCUCGAACACGAGAAUUUCUUCUCAUCAUCAGCCUCUCAACAUGAAUCUUCUCUGCCUUGCUCUCCUUCAAAUCUCCAUUUUCAGCUUCUUCAGAUUAAGCCACUCUGCAAAUUCUACUUCCUUCAAUUUCUCGAGUUUCCAAUCAAACACAGCAGAAAUCAACUUCGAGGGCGAUGCACAUAUAUCCGGCAGCAUCAUUCAACUCUCCAAAACAAACCAAUCCAAUAUUUCACAUUUUGGUCGAGCAACAUAUGCACAACCAGUUCAGAUAUAUGAUUCAACCACAGGUACGUUAGCAGAUUUCACCCAUCACUGCACCUUCCUCAUAAAUGGUUCCCCCACUAUCAAUGGCUUUGCUGCCUUCUUUGCUCCCAACGGUUCUACUGCUCCUCCAAAUUCAACAGGUGGGUACCUUGGCCUAGUUAAUAAUAGUGCCACUGACUCUGGUUUUAAAUUCAUUGCCAUGGAGUAUGAUACUUUUCAGAAUCAGUGGGACCCAAGCAACGCUCAUAUAGCUAUGAACAUAGACUCCAUCCAGUCGGAUCAAAUAGUUAACUGGAAUACAACCAUGACCAAUAAACUGGGUAAUGCUUGGCUUACCUAUAAUGCAAGUAUUAUGCGUUUGAGUCUCUAUGUGACUUAUGUCUCAAAUCCUGUUUUUAAUGGAGAGACUACUCUUACUAAGACUAUUAAUCUGAAGGAUUAUUUAUCAGAAUGGGUUACAAUUGGGUUUUCAGCUGGUACAAACACAACCAAUGAGACACAAACCAUUCACUCUUGGGAGUUCUACUCCAGCUUCAACACUCCAUCCACAACAAAUUCAUCCAAUAAGGUGGGAAUGGUGGUAGGAAUUGUUGUUGGUUCAGUUGUCUUGAUUAGUGGGUUGAGUCUAUCUGGUUAUUGGUUUGUGUAUAGGAAGGGGAAAAGAGGGAAAGAAGAAAGUGAUGUGGUCUUUGAGUUGGCCAUGGAGGAAGAAUUUGAGAAAGGAGCAGGGCCUAGGAGGUUUUCUUAUCAUGAAUUAGUGAAGGCAACAGAAAACUUCAAUGUCACAAGGAAGCUAGGGGAGGGAGGUUUUGGAGGUGUUUAUAAAGGCUUUUUGAGUGAUUUGAAUAUGGAAGUGGCUGUUAAGAGAGUCUCCAAAGGGUCUAGACAAGGUGUGAAGGAGUAUGUAUCCGAGAUAAAGGUCAUUAGCCGAUUAAGACACAGGAAUCUGGUUCAACUCGUUGGGUGGUGCCAUGAACAAGGAGAACUGUUACUUGUUUACGAGUACAUGGAGAAUGGAAGCCUUGAUUUUCAUAUCUUCCGCGGAACAAAAAUGGCGUUACCUUGGGAAAUUAGGUACAAGAUUGCUCAUGGCUUGGCUUCUGCAUUGCUUUAUCUCCAUGAAGAAGGGGAACAAUGUGUUGUUCACCGCGAUAUCAAAUCGAGUAAUGUGAUGUUGGACUCAAGCUUCAAUGCCAAGCUUGGAGAUUUUGGGCUAGCCAGGCUAGUGGAUCAUCAGUUGGGGUCACAAACAACAGUAAUUGCAGGUACCAUGGGUUACAUGGCGCCAGAGUGUGUCACCACAGGCAAGGCUAGUAAAGAAUCAGAUGUUUAUAGCUUUGGAGUUGUUGCUUUGGAAAUUGCUUGUGGGAGAAGGGCUGUGGAACACAGAGAGGAAUCAAGUAAGGUAGCCCUUGUAGCUUGGGUUUGGGAGCUUUAUGGCAGUGGAAGGCUUCUUGAAGCGGUAGAUCCAGCGCUGAAAAUGGAAUAUGAUGAGAAACAAAUUGAGAGAUUGAUGGUUGUUGGAUUAUGGUGUGCUCACCUUGACCACAUUUUACGCCCGUCGAUAAAGCAAGCGAUUAAUGUUCUAAAUUUCGAAGCUCCGAUGCCUAAUCUUCCUUCAAAGAUCACUCUGCCUUCAUACAUUUCACCUUUGAUGAACAAAUUCAUUCCAUUCUCUCAUGUAUCAUCCAAUGAUACUACUACUGAUGCCGCUGCUGCAAGAGACCAAACCCAGUAUUCGAGUAGUACCGGCACCACUACUGAUUCAUCCGUGCCAACCAUGUCUUCUUUUGCUGAUUCUUCCUCCGGAUCCUCUGCAUCUCUCCUGUAUGGUAUUAAAAAAGCCAACAUAUAAUGUGUAACUAAUUAGGACAGUAAUUAUGCUUUCAUUUAUGUUUGAGAUUAAGUAAUCUAUUGUACUUCCCUUUCUCAUUUGUAUUAAUUUCCUUCAAUAUUAAGGUACCAAUGUUUUCCCUGA